AAAAAAUAUGGUUGCGAUUGUUUAGGGAGUAUCAGUUAUCAACCUAUUUCAUGGCAGAGGAAUGUACAUAAGACACGACUAAGGCAUCUUGUAAUUGUCAACUAUGUACAUAAGUUUGAUCCUUUUCAGCUGUUCGUACAUAGGACAGUAAUUUAGAUGUGUCUGAGUAGCUCAUUAGUAUGUGGUAUGUGCUACUUAUAUCGAUAUAAGUAGUAUAAACCGCUAGUCAGGGAUAGAAUGUUUGGAAGCAAAAGGUCGAGAAGGAAAGAACGGGAACAGAAAGCAAUUAGUAUGGAAUUGAAGGAACACUGAAGUCUGAGACGAUUGAUUGAGAUUUGCAAAGGAACAGUCAGGUUUGAGAUACUUUGCAAAUUAAGUAUUUACUGUAUGAUUCUCAGAUUUUACUAAGGGAUUCUGCAAUUUGGAGUUCAAACGUAUUCGAUUGCCCCCACUUGUGCUCUCGUUCACUAUAGUAUAUUAAAAGAUGGAAUGUUACAUCUAUACAAAGCGCAAUAGUGAAUAUCAGAGAGAAAAGCCUUCAACCUACAUAAGAAACAAAAAAUAAUGAGUAUACUUCAUUCAAUAUGCAGAGGCCAUUACGGCCAAGGUUUUCGGCCUGAUCUUAGCUAGCAUACAGAAUAAGAGAACGAUGAAUCUCAUCCAGUAACACUAGUGAAAAUAAACAUCACAACAGAAUUUCACUUAUUAAAUGGUUUAUUUUUAUCCCAUAUAUUAUUCUCGUUGACUUUAUUCUAUGUAAUCACACGUAUUAUAACUAGCAUUAGUAAUAAUAAUAAUAAUAUUGUGACGACGGACCACCGGUGAACUCGAGGAAGCUGUAAGAGGCUCAUAGGGAGCCGAAGACAUUCCAUCCAAUCACCUUUCGGAAGAAUGUUCUAGAAUUCCAACGUGUAGCUUCCCGAUUGGAUAAUGCUAAUAACCCCCUGUACGCGGAUUGGAAGACUGUAAUGAUGAUUUCGUUCUCACUAAAAACUAUAAAUACCUGACAAUUUUGUACUAUGUUUGACACUGUUUGGAAUAGUAUUCCUUUCGUUAGUCUUCUGUCUUCUUAUUGCGACUUGGAAGGGAUUGGUGUUCUAGUGUUCAGUUAUACGCGGUUGUAUCAAGAAAAAUCAGCUUUUUCAAGUUAUAACAUCUGGCGACGGGUUAUUGUAUCAAUAUGUCACUUACCUUGGAACAAUUUGAAGCCUUAUUGGAACGCCAAGAAAAGUUCCAGAUGCGCAUGUUAGAGAUGCUAACGCAGAAAAUGAACCUGGAUCAAAAAGAAGUUACAGAUGAUCCCUUCAAAUCUCAUGUUGACCAGAUUGUUAAUUCUAUCCAUGAAUUUAAUUUUGAUGGUUCAGCUGGCAUUACUUUUGAAACUUGGUUCAAGAAAUAUGAAGAUUUGUUCAAGGUCGACCUCAAAAAACUUGAUGACGCCGCUAAGGUCAGAAUACUCUUGCGAAAACUUGGAACUGUUGAACAUGAACGUUACAGUAACUUUAUCCUUCCAAAGAAUCCAAGAGAUUUUUCUUUUGAUGCAACGAUUGAAAUUUUGUCGCAAAUCUUUGCUGAACAGUCAUCCUUGUUUAAUAUUCGUUAUCAGUGUCUCAAGAUGACAAAAGCAGGUGAUGAUGACUGGGUGAAACAUGCGGGUUUAGUAAACCGUGAAUGUGAGCGUUUCAAACUAUCAGCAAUGACAGAAGACCAGUUUAAGUGUCUCGUAUUUGUGUGCAGCCUCCAAUCUCCCGAAGAUGCCGAUAUUAGAACUAGAAUUUUGAGUAAAAUUGAACAAUGCCCGAAUAUGACACUACAAGAAGUAACCGCAGAGUGCCAGAGAUUGGUGAACCUAAAGCAUGACACUUCGAUGGUCGAAAAUAAUGGCCAGUUGCCAUACGUUCGUGCUAUAAGCAGAAAGAACGAUUCUUGCUCAAGAAAGGCAUCGCACACAGAUAAUCAGCCUUCAUCUCCAUGUUGGUCUUGUGGUGGUUGGCAUUAUAAAAGGUUCUGUCCAUAUAAAGAACAUUGUUGUAGCAAGUGUCAUCGCAAGGGACAUAAAGAAAACUGCUGCAGAAAAAGAACCCAUAAACGACAUUCUUUGAAACCCUACUCGAAGAAAUACAGAUUUAGUGCUCGAACUAACAAAAUAUUGGUAUCACAUAAUCGAGCACGAAUUCGCCGCCAAAGAAAGUAUGUAAACUUGGAUAUAAAUAAAAAGCGUGCCCGCCUGCAACUCGACACCGCUUCUGACAUCACACUUAUUAGUCGGAGAACUUGGAAUCUUAUCGGUAAACCACAGGUGCUCCCAACAACUCAGUUAGCUCACAGCGCAUCUGGAGGAAAACUAGAUAUUGUUGGAGAGGUUUGUUGUACAGUCUCGAAAGGAAAUGCGAAAACGAAUGCAACCUUAUAUCUUACACAGAAUCCAGGACUAGAUUUGCUAGGUCUAGACUUGAUAGAAGCACUUCAAUUAGCAAAUCACCCCAUUAACCACAUAUGCAGCGCAGUGAGAACCAGUAAACCGGUGGAAAAGGAUCUGAAUAGUGUUGUAUUGGAAAGACACAGUCAAGUGUUUACGGAAGAGUUGGGGGAAUGCAAAAAGGUUAAAGCACUAUUGAUUCUUAAACCGGGAGUCACCCCCGUCUUCAGACCAAAACGUCCGGUACCCUAUGCAGCACUACCUAUCGUUGAACAAGAAUUAGAGCGUCUGCAAAGAAGUGGAAUAAUCGAACCAGUAAACUUUUCUGAUUGGGCAGCUCCAAUAGUGAUUGUUAAAAAGCCUAAUGGAAGUAUCCGGUUAUGUGCAGAUUAUUCGACUGGAUUAAAUGAAGCGCUUGAAGCCCAUCAAUACCCAUUGCCGGUACCAGAGGAUUUAUUUGCGAAACUGAACGGGGGUAAGUAUUUUGCGAAAUUAGACCUAUCAGACGCUUAUCUACAGAUUCCGGUAGCGGAUGAGUGUAAGCAUUACUUGACAAUAAACACUCACAAGGGAUUGUUCCGAUAUAACCGACUUCCUUUUGGAGUAAAGACUGCCUCUUCAAUCUUCCAACAAGUUAUGGACACUAUGUUACAAGACAUUCCUGGUACCGCGGCUUAUCUCGAUGAUAUAUUGAUCAUGGGUACAGACUAUGCUGAUUUAGAGAAUAAGGUGGAUACGGUUCUCAGACGCAUAGCAGAUUAUGGAUUAAGACUGCGUGCCGAAAAAUGUGAUUUUUACAUGGAGCAAGUCCGGUAUUUGGGAUUCAUAAUUGAUAAAAACGGGAGAAAACCUGAUCCUGAAAAUGUCGAAGCCAUUAAGUCCAUGCCUCCACCGACGGAUGUGUCAACUUUACGUUCUUUCUUGGGAAUGGUUAGUCAUUAUGGAGUUUUUCUGCCAGAUCUGCAUCGCCAUCGUGCUCCUCUUAAUUGCUUAUUGAAAAACGAUACUAAAUGGUUCUGGUCAACUGAAUGCCAAGAAGCAUUCCUAAAACUGAAGCAGCUUCUAUCAUCGAAUCUUCUCCUUACACACUAUGAUCCCGAUCUUCCAAUUAUAGUCGCAGCAGAUGCGUCGAACUACGGAAUUGGAGCAGUAAUUUCACAUGCCUACCCUGACGGUUCUGAGAAAGCAAUCGCUCACGCUGCAAGAUCUCUGACUAUGACUGAAAGAAACUACAGCCAAAUAGAAAAAGAAGCCCUCGCGAUUAUAUUUGCUGUAAAAAAGUUCCACAAGAUGUUGUUUGGUCGGCAGUUCACCUUACUUACAGACCAUAAACCUUUACUGACAGUUUUUGGAUCUAAAAAAGGCAUCCCGGUAUAUACAGCAAACCGGCUACAGAGAUGGGCUACCACACUGCUGGGUUAUGAUUUCAAGAUAAAUUAUCAACCAACAACGAAUUUCGGGCAGGCAGAUGCACUCUCAAGAUUGAUUGGUCUGCAUGAAAAACAAGAAGAAGAGGUGCUUGUAGCUGCUAUAGAUUUCGAGGCCGAGGUUCACAAAAUAUUGUCAGACGCAGUUUCCGGACUCCCGGUCACAUUUGAAGCAAUUAAAGAGGCCAGCAAGAAGGAUAAUAUAUUAAAGAUUGUUCGCCAUUGCAUACUCAAUAAAUGGCCUUCAUCGAGAUUACACGGAGAACUCUUACAAUACUUUCGUCGACGAGAGUCAUUAACAGUUGUCGAUUCAUGUAUAAUGUUUGGCCAUCGUAUCGUUAUCCCCAGAAAUCUUCGACACCAAGUCAUUAAACAGUUCCACAGCGGGCAUCCGGGGAUAAGUAAAAUGAAGUAACUAGCUCGUAGCUAUGCAUACUGGCCGUCA